UAAAAAUUCACGCGGUAUCGUUACUGUCGUUGGAGAGUGUGGUGCGAUCGUGGAUCGUUCGGAAUCUAGUCCAGAGAAGGGAAAUGAGCGAUGCCGAGCUUCAGGAAGAAGAAAGAGAAGUUUUACUCUCGAUAUACGACGGCGAUCCGGCUUUCAAACAGCUAACACCCACGAUAUUUCAAUACAAGUAUGGAGAGGAUAACGAUGUAAAAUCAUUUCUACUGGAAAUUUCAUGGGGCGCAACAUAUCCUACGGAAAAGCCGACAAUCAAUAUGGAUACAUUUUACAAUAAACAUAUUGUGCAAGAGGUAAAGGACAAGGUGGUGAGUCACUUAGAGGCAGAGGCUGACCAGUGGUUAGGUAGCGCUAUGACGUAUACGUUAUUUCAGUCUGUCCAAGAACAUUACAUAGACUUAGUCUGCAUGCAACCAGACUCAAUCACUGAUAUAAAUUCGCAUACUAGUAAGCUGAAAAUUACAGAAGAGAAUCAACAGGCUGAAGAAACGAUAAAAAAACCGAGGAAGGAACAUUUGAGUAAAGCCCAGAAGCGUAGGCAGUGGUACAAAGCGGAUGGCAAAGGUGAAAGACAGCGAGGCUGGAACUGGGUGGACAUAGUAAAACAUUUAUCACAGACUGGCCCGAGAACGGAGGAGGAAUCAUAGCUUAAGACCAUAUUUUGUACAGUAUGAAAAACGUGUUAUAUUUUUAUAAAUUGUUGGAAAUAAAAUCAUUUCCUUAUCUA